UCAUCAUACGCCGAUCAUCUGCGCAGAAUCGCAUUAAGAAGUUUGCCACCUUUGUCUGGGACGCAAACAACUAGCGAUGAAGGGGAUAAAAUGUUAUCUGAUAUGUCCGAUCAAGCGGGACUUGAUGAACAAAUAGCUGAUUUUGCCGACCCCAUUGAUGACGACACCAUCUUCGAUGUAAGUAGCGAUGGAGAUGAAACAUUGUCUGAUGAGUCCGAUCAAGAGGGAUUAGAUGACUCCGUACAUGACAAUUCCCUCUCAGCUCUGCCGAGAAGCGCUGUAGAAAGAUCUAGUGAUGAUGAAACGUUAUCUGAUGAGUCCGAUCAAGAGGGAUUGGAUGACCACAUAGAUGACGAUGUCCUCUCAGAUGAAACUAGUGAUGGAGAGGAAACGCUAUCUGAUGAGUCAGAUCAAGAGGGAUUGGACGACCACAUAGAUGACGAUGUCCUCUCAGCUCUGCCGAGAAGCGCUGUAGAAAGAUCUAGUGAUGAUGAAACGUUAUCUGAUGAGUCAGAUCAAGAGGGAUUGGACGACCACAUGGAUGACGAUGUCCUCUCAGAUGUAACUAGUGACGGAGAGGAAACUCUAUCUGAUGAGUCAGAUCAAGAGGGAUUGGACGACCACAUAGAUGACGAUGUCCUCUCAGCUCUGCCGAGAAGCGCUGUAGAAAGAUCUAGUGAUGAUGAAACGUUAUCUGAUGAGUCAGAUCAAGAGGGAUUGGACGACCACAUAGAUGACGAUGUCCUCUCGGAUGAAACGUUAUCUGAUGAGUCGGAUAAAGAGGGAUUGGAUGACCACAUAGAUGACGAUGUCCUCUCAGAUAAAGAGGGAUUGGAUGACCACAUAGAUGACGAUGUCCUCUUAGCUCUGCCGAGAAGCGCUGUAGAAACAUCUAGCGACGAUGAAACUUUAUCUGAUGAGUCAGAUCAAGAGGAACUUGACGAUGCCUUAGGACAAUUAGAAAGCUCAUCUGAAGGACCCUGGGAUGCAAUGUCUCCAAAGCUGAGGUGUGGUGGUGAUUUAAUGAAUUUGCAACUCUUUGGUUCAGAUGUGGACCAAGUGGAGCUUUGUCGAGGUGAUUCUGCACCUGUCCCUCUUGGCCGUUUGCCACCUAACUGUGGACGCACUUCAGCCACUCAUGGAGGUCUUGUUUUUGACACACCCUAUGAUGGAUGUGGUGUUGCACAACAGGGAGGGAAUUAUGUCAUGCAGAUGCUGUGGCAGGGAAAACCUGUGGUCAUCUCUUGUCCCAUGACCUAGUCUGUUGCUAAUGACAAUGUCUGGAUAUCAGCCUCCUAGAUUUCUUUUCCACUUGCUUACUCUGGAAGCCCAGUCCAAACAUCCCCUGAUACACCAGCUGCAACCACAGUUCUGUUCCCUUGACAGCCCUGCAAGCAAUGCUUCCAGGAUACCACCUAUACCCUGUUACAACACUAAC